AUGUUUUCUUCAGCAGCCACUGUAGGAACCGAAGAUUUAACUCCUAAGAAACCUGAUUUUUGUGAUGCAUGUUGCGGUCCUAAAGUGAAGAAUUGGACAGACAAACAUAAAUUAGAAAACACAAAGGCAAUUAAUACUGUAAGAGUUAGAGAAGAAGCGAGAAAACUUCGGGGCGAAAUCUUCAAACACUCUCCAUGUAAUUUUAGAAGUGAAACAACACUAAGUUCAAUAUCAAGAAGCCAUGCUACAACAUGCACUAACGCUGCCACAUACAACCUACCCUCUUUAGAGAGAAGACUUAAACAUAAACAAUAUUACAAAAAACGUACAGACUCCAAAGCUAUACAAACCUUUGAUACGCCUAGAUCAUGUGACGUAAGUACGAAUACCAAAGACUGGUGGAGCCCUAUUCCUGAAAAGAGAGAAUACCGUAAUAUUGGAAGAAAAACGGAAAUAGAUAUGAAAGAAGAGAUUAAGAAAGUGAUCAGAAUGAGACGGAAAAUGGAUAAAGCAAUCGAAAGUAACGGCAAAGUGGUGACUUUCAAAAGCAGGACGUCAAUUAUUCCGAGUUUGUACUUUUCAUUUCUUUUAUUAGUUUGAGACUUUCAAAUUAUUUUAAACAAGAAAUAACGUCCAGAUAAGCUUUAAUUAAUAAUAAGAAACAGUCAGCCUUAAUGAAAGGUAAACACUGUCAAAAAUAAAUAAAAAUGUGCAACAGCUUUCUAA